AUGGGCUCCAGCAACCCCCAUCCCUUCUCCACCCACUCAACAACCUCCUCAGCCACCCUCGCCACAACCACCACCACCACCACCCAAACCCUCACCAACAACACCCCCCAAGCCGGCACCACCACCCCGCAGCAGCCCCCCCACGAGCCACACCAAUACAUCUACGUCUCGAAACGCACGACGCCCAACCCCGACGCGCAGCCCAAGCAGAAAUCGCGGCUGAGCAGGUUCCUGUCCAAGUUCGAGAGCUCGGCGGUGCGACAAGCCAACGCGGCCAGGGAGAGCAAGCGGCUCGAGGCGGAGCGCACGGGGGUGCACACGCUCGCGGUGACGGGGACGCCGGGGAACGCGGCGCAGAUACACGGUGGCAUACCGAUGCCUAGUGGCCGCCGAUGGUACCAGCAUAAGAGGACAUUGACGCUAGGCGGCCGCUGGUCGUCUAAUCUGGUGGUCAUGUAG